CUUCCGACACCUCAAUUCCUGAUUUAUUGCACUCCCCUUGAAGUGGGCAACAGAAGGCAUCAUGCAGCACUCCAGCAGUCUAGCUAUAUAUGGCACUGCCAGCAGAAUAUGGUACCUAGAACAUGGCGCCUGUGCAUGUAGCUGGAAAGGUUUAGUUGACUGUGCCAGGGCAUACAACAGGAAUGUAGGCUAUGCACCAUAGUGCAUAGCCUCAAUGGGGCCCUUCAAGACAUUGGCUGGACUCUGAAGCGGAGUAAGGAUUGCAAUUUGGAAACGUUGGUAACCUUGUCCUGGCCACAUAUACAUUACAAUUGCAGCUGCAAUGGGGCUGCCUGAUAAGUUCGUUGUGCAGACCGUGAGGCACCUCAGACGUGCGCAAAUGCUGCAGGGCUGCAAUGAUGCAUCACUGGCUGGGGCGCUCAGAAGCAUGCCGGGAUUGCAAGCCUUUUUGAAUGAGUCCCUGCCUUCUGCAGGCACCUCAGCCCCUUCAUAUAACCCUCCACCUAAUGUAACCCCUUCCGCUUGUUCCAAUGUUGCCGCUGGCGAAAGUCCGCUUGGUGCCCUGGCGGUGGGUCUGGGCCUGGGUUUAGUCCUGGGCUUUGGUUUCGGCGCUGCCUCAUGUGAUGCAGCUCAGGUUAGUGAGACGCUUGAGCAUGAGCACCACCAUCCCCACCUGCACAAGGCAGCCGACCAGGGUGGAGAAGAAAGAGCUGAGGGAGACCAGCCGACUAGACCAGAGCCCCCCGGCGAGUCGCCUGUCGCCAAACCGCAGAGCCAGUGGGGCUUUUCCCUGAUGGGCCAGUCGGUGCGGCGACGCAUCUUCUUCUACUACGAGAAGCGCAUCCGGACACGCUCACCGCCAGAGAAGGUGUUUGAGUACUUUGCUUCAAUCAAGGACCAAGGAGAGACUUUGAUGACACCAGCGGACCUCAUGAGGGCCGUCGUUCCGGUCUUCCCUCCAUCAGACUCUCCGUAUGCACGCACGGGCAGCCUGUCUGGAGAGCCGUCGCAGGGAGGGCUGCGCUGUCCAGAGUCGAAGCUGUUCAAGCUCUUUGAUACGAACGGCGACGGCUUCAUCUCCUUCCCCGAGUACAUCUUCUUCGUAACGCUGCUGAGCAUCCCCCCCUGGGAGGUGGAGCAGGCGUUCCACACCUUCGACCUGGACCAGAGCGGAAUGGUCGACAAGGACGAAUUCAAAUCGGUGAUGGCCGUGCUUCGGAAGCAGAGCAAGGCCGGGCAGCGCAACCGGGGGGGCCUCCGGUUCCUCUCGGGGAAGAGCCCGCCCCGCCUCGGCACGAGCGUCGACGAGGGGGGCGUGGUGGAGUACUUCUUCGGGAAGGACGGCAAGCAGUGCCUCACCUUAGAGGCGUUCCAGAAGUUCAUGGCGGAACUGCAGGAGGAGAUUACGCGCUUGGAGUUUGCGCACUAUGACUGGCGCAACGAGGGCACCGUUUCGGCGAAGGACUUUGCGCUGUCCAUGGUUGCUGCGGCGGACAUGGAGCACCUGGCGCCGCUCAUGGCACGUGUGGACAAGCUGGCCGCCGAGGAGGCGUUCAAGAGUGUCCGCAUCUCGUAUGAGGACUUUUGGGCGUUUGCCCACUGCCGCUGGGUGGUUCCGCGGCUCGAUGACGCCCUCGACCAGUUUCUCGCCCACAGCCCCGAGGGCGUCGACGGGCUGACACGUGGCGAGUUCCGGGAGGCCGUCCACGACGUGUGCGGCGUCAGCUUUGAUGACAUCACCCUCGACAUUAUCUUCUAUAUCUUCGACAUUGACGGGGACGGCCGGAUCAGCUGCGAGGAGUUUCUGACGGCCGCCGAUUCGAAGGACGGCAAGAACGCGAGCUGGGGGCCCGUGAUGUGGGCGCACGCCUUGAAAGGCAUGUGGUAGGCAGGGCUCUCAUUUUGACGGCCAAUGCAUCUGCGGAUUUAGCAAGUCUUGGCACUCCGAAAACCUGUUUGAGAGUUGAUUGGGAGCUGUGAAAGACAAACGGACGGAAGUUAAGAUUGUGGUGAGUUUGGGUCAAAGUUUUAUUCACAUUUAUUCCAAUGCGGAAAGCCGCCUCUGAAAGGUAACCUUGUGUUUGAGACUGUUUGUGUUAGCCAGAGUGUCUCCUUUGAAGGUGCUGAAGGUCACCAC